CAAAAACUUCACCGCUUCGACGCGACCACACUGCCCGUAAAGCCGGUGCCCUUUGCAUUCGUGCUUGUCUACCUACCUGGGCACUCUGCUGCAGCGCGGUAGCUCGGAUAUCUUCAAAGAGAGACAAGAGGGGGAACCGAAGGAAGAGCAGGGCAGGGGAAGAUGAGCAGCGGCGUGGGGACGCAGGCGCGGGCGUUCGCGGACGAGGUGCGCGGCGGCCUGGAGCAGAAGAACUGGAUGCUGGACCUCGGCCACCCGCUCCUCAACCGCAUCGCCGAGAGCUUCGUCAAGGCCGCGGGGAUCGGCGCGGUGCAGGCGGUCGCGAGGGAAUCGUACUUCAUGGCAAUCGAAGGCGAGGGAGGAUCUGUGUCAGGCGCCACCGGCUCAAGGAAACGCUCGUUCCCGGAGCUCAAUGGGACGAACAGUAGUAGCAAGUCGGCAGAGGCCAUGGUGAAAAACGUGAGCAAAGAGUCGUUACAGUGGGGGCUCGCGGCUGGGGUGCACUCUGGCCUGACCUACGGCCUCACGGAGGUGCGCGGGGCGCACGACUGGAGGAACAGCGCCGUGGCCGGCGCCAUCACGGGCGCCGCGGUCGCGCUCACGUCGGAGCACGCGUCGCACGAGCAGGUCGUGCAGUGCGCCAUCACCGGCGCCGCGCUCUCCACGGCCGCCAACGUGCUCUCCGGCAUACUCUGAGCCGCCCGGAAGCCGCAGCCGUGCUGUGCCGGCGCUCGAUUCAGAGGAUCGCCGACUAGUCCUGUCCCCUAAAAUCGUUUGGGGGCACCGUCACCCUCGCAUGUCGCGCAUUGUUAUGCUUCACUAGGCCCUUGUGUACGAUAACUUGGGACGUUGUAUUCAUGCUUUGAGCUGCUGGUACUAUCGUGUAAUUGAACUUCAGUUACAAAUUAUGUUCUAAGUUUGCUGCUUGA